CUCUAAAAGAACGAAGUGUCUUUAUCAGUACGAUUAGGGUGUUAAAUAGAAUCAACUGCAAAAAUGCAAAAUACUUUUCAACUUAUUUUUCUGGUCUUGUACCACAUAAGCAUGGAUUUCAUAGUCGCAAGCAUAGCAAUCCGAACGAUUGAUGGAAGCAUAAAUGAUUUGAAGUUAUCAGAUUAUGGAGCGUUUUCAAAGAUGGAGACCUCUAUACAAUUUGAAGUUCAAGGCUGUGAUAACGCUUUUAUCACAUUGCAUGCAAAGUCAAGUUUGUCAGGUCCACAUUAUUACAUAAUAAUAGGUGGAUGGGGCAAUACACGAUCACAGAUAUCGAAAACGAUGACAAAUGAACAAUUGGUUUACCUUUAUUACAAGACUUAUCUGUUGGAUUGUCAUACUUAUAAGAACUUUUGGAUCAGCUGGGAGAAGGGCCGGAUAAGAGUAGGCAGUGGUAAUACAUACAAUGGAAAUGUCUUCUUGCAUUACGACGACAUGUGUUCAUUUGCCAUUGAAGAAGUUAUAAUCAGCACAGCAUGGGGGACAACACUGGAUUGGAUAUUUCAUUCACAAGCUAUACCAACACAAACACGAAGCAGUUCUAGUGACAUUAUUGAAGCGUUCUAUGUAAAAGUAUCCGAUUGUCCAACGUUUGAAAUCAUAUCGACUAUUGAAAACCCUUUGUCAGCAAUAUGUGCUGUGAAAUGUCGGUUAAUAGAUAACUGUAAGGGAUAUCUAUACAACAAAGACUCUGAAGUGUGUAUAUUGUUAUCGGAAACAGCCAUCAAUGGGACAUUAACAACUAUUUACAGAUUGAUCGAGUGA